CCUGCUGCUUAUCAGCGAAAGCCAGAAGGUAAGAGCGGGUUUGAAUUUCAUCAGGCCAACCAAGAAGCAAUUGUGAGUAAAGAAAAGAAAAAUGGCCUCGCCUCCGGAAAAAGUUCUCAAGGACCUCCACAGUCAUGGUUGGAUCGAUGACGUUUUUGCGUCUGCUUCAGAGCGUGGUCUUACGGCCGCUGUUUUCAUCCGUUAUUCUCGCGAAAGUCGAGGCGACGUCGGCCAUGCAGCACCUACAAACAACCCCAGAUGGGGCUCCAGUGCCACUACCAAGCCAGAAUUCCGACGAAUGGACCGUGUCCGAGAUGUUUCGCGAGGAUUUGGCAGAUUUUCUCCGGAGAAAAAGCUGCAACCUCGCUUACGAACUCGGGGUGUACAGAGGGGAGACCACGAGGGUGCUGGCGCAACACUGCAGCUUCGUCUACGCAAUGGACGACUCCAUGCAGUUCCUUUUCACAGCUAUGCAGAACCUGCGAGGCGUGACCAACAUUCUGUUUUUCCGUAUCCACAGCUACCUCGACAAACCGUGGAGGGAGGUGCUACCACUCAAUCGCAAGAAAAACAGCAGGAAGAAAAACGACAUCCUUUUCUUGGAUUGCGUCCACACGUAUCCGAUGGUGGUAAGCGAUCUGGUGGCGGCAAGAGACGAACUACAGGUAGACUUUGUCGUCGUGGACGAUUACGGAGCCCAUACCGCGGUGAGAAGUGCCGUCGACCACUUCGUCGAAGCGGGGUAUGCAGAAGUGUAUGAGAAAAUGGGCACCGCAGUUGUGGAGGCCAGCACGGAGGAGGAGCGUCCGGAAGGGGUCGUUCUGCGAAUGAUUGUAGAGGCCACGACAGCUACCACGGUCGCUCUUCCAGAAUGGGCUCUUCCAGAAGAAGCUCCUGCGCGUGAGAGGACCAUGGGGGGUAGGAAACAGGAAACUCAAGAUAGCAACGUCGCUUCACAUGAUGUCGCGACGCCCCGCUUGCGUUUUUGGGACGAUCCGCACAUCAACAUACAGGGAACCAGAACUACACCUGGAAAGACCGCAGCUGUUCAAAAUAAUCUUCCAAACCACGGCGCUCGAUCUUUUCCGCAGCGGUCGCUUGCUUAUGCGUCGAUCUUGACCGACUUCGAGGGCAUGAGAAUUUUUUCGGCCCUGCCGCUCUUCGACGCAGUUUUGCGUGGGAAAUUUACCAGAGGACUAAACCUGGCGCUGAGCAGACACAUUCUAUUUUCCGACAGGACGUCGACUGGCGCAGCUCUUCCUGAUGAACACGACAAGCGAAGUAUGGUAUCAUCUGCGGAAAUUUUUUUCGACGAGAAGUAUAAUCCUGUGGUUGUUCAUGGUGGUCUUGACCGCGACGGGCGGAACAACAAUGCUAUUUUAGUACAGGAUGAUCUUCAUAUCGCACCUUCUGCGCCGACACGACCACGUGUAGAGCCCCGUCUGUACACCGUCUGGAGGUCCAGCGAGGCGGCUGCUUUGGAAGAAGAGAAGAGUGUUGCUCCUGCGCAUGAUCUAGAAGUACAACUGAAGGAUGGAAUCAAAAACCUGCUCGGGCAGAUGAACGAAAACUACACUGCGCUCCGGACGACGAGCUCACCUGCUCGAGAUGAUGAAAGAACCGCUGUGAGCAAUUAUGUCAAGGCACUCUUUUGCCAGCUGCCGUAUCUCCUCCUGGGGUUCGGGGCCACCUGGGACAUUGAGAAGGACGCAAUAGGCUGUACUAGCGAUGAAGAGGGUCGUGGUCAUGAUCAGAACGUUGAUGGUGACCAGCUGCCAACGAAAAAUCAUGAAUUUCAGACCACCUCCCGGACUGCUAGAAGUACAACCGAGAAACAAGGUCGCGACCCGUCUUCCGCGUUGAGCGUCGACGAGCACGGUGACGCUUCUGCUGCUUCUUCAGCGGCACAGCCAAAAGUGAAACCGGUUGCUGUACCUCCGGACGAGCAGCAGGAUACUCUUCAAAAGGUAGCUCACCAAGCAGGAGCUCCCGCAGCGAGGAGGACCCCCAAGAUGAACCAGAGGAGGAAUUACAAUAAUCACUUCCGUCUCCGGCGCCAUCCGAAAGCGUCUAUCGACUACGAGGUCGUACUCAGUGACGAUCAGCAAUUCGGCAUACUGUGGGCGGCAAACGCGACGGAAAGACGUCUUCGAGGCGAGUCGUCGAUGCAUGAUGCAGAUUUUUACAGUACCGGAAUGCGGUCGUCGUCUACUUCAGUUAGCACAACGACGGCAACCAAAGCCAGAUCCGUUCCUUAUCUCCUGCUUAGCCAAGCGGCAUAUGACGCAAUCCUAAUGCGCAUGCUGCACUUGAUCCGAUUUACUGCCAUGCCAAACGUGGACGCACGGUGAAAUAUUUUUUUCGAGAUUUUAUUUGAUGAUGUGUCUCCUUUGCAGCGGCGUUCGCGUUUCUCUUAAGAUGAAAGCCACAACGUAGUAGUUAAGACCAAGAUCGUUAAUAAAGUUUCCACGAGUUGGGUGUGAUCAGCGAAUCCGGAUGAGAAAUUAACAGUCCAAUGGCUUUAGUAUUUUGCGUUAGUU